UUGGUUAGCAACCAUCGACGUUGUUUAUACAUUCAACAGUUUCCGCUUUGAAAAUUUCGGUGAUCGUCAAGGGUAACCCAGCGGGGGUGAAAAACAAAUUUGAACAUCAGAAAACCUCUCUUGACUAACCUUGUUCGAACGGUCAACUGCAGCCAGUCGUUAAUAUUGGUCAGAAAUGGAAAAGUAUUGGUAACUAAUACACACUAUAGCACCAAAAAAUGUCACUGCAAGAUAUGCACUUAUAACGUCCAAUGUAGAGUUCACGCACGCGCUUGAACAGUCAGCCCGAAUAUGAACACAAACAUAAUAGGAAAAAUAAGAACGGCUAAAGCAAGAGAAAAAGAAAACCGUCUUCGCGAUUCUCUCUCAGCUUUUAACUCAUGUAUAAGCAAACCAAAGACUGGCGUAUCUAUUUCCUUUAAUAAUUUAAAGUACUGGUCCGUACGAGGCUUAAAAGUAAACACAUUUAAGAGUGUAGCAUACACUAUAGCAUAUAUCGUAACAGAAUUACUCAGCCUAUUCAAUAUGGGAUGCUCCUCUUCAAAAUCCAGGCCAUCAAGAGACUCGAACAGCAUUACAGCUGAAAUAACUAGUCUAGACAAUAACGAAGAAUACGUCGAAGCAUUUAUUUGCGACGAGAACGAUAUAGUCGAAAAUGAAAUGAAAUCAUAUGACUUGGAUUCGGGUAAAAUACUUUUGAUUAAAAAAAAUGGCAGUUUGUCGGCAAUUGGAAAUAAAUGUUCGCAUUAUGGAGCCUUGCUUUCCACUGGAGUUCUAGGCAAAGACCGAGUUCGAUGCCCAUGGCAUGGGGCCUGUUUCAAUAUAAAAACUGGUGACAUCGAAGAUUUUCCAGGGCAGGACUCGUUACCAUGUUUUAGUGUAAAGGUUGUAAAAGGAAGGGUGCUGGUCCGUGCCAAACGUUCCGAACUUUUGACGGGAAAACGAAUAAAGUCAAUGGUUCCAAGAUUGAGCCAUAACAAUCAUACAUUUGUUAUAAUUGGAGCCGGCCCUUCUGGAGCAAUAUGUGCAGAAACAUUACGACAAGAAGGUUUUACUGGUCGAAUUAUAAUGAUAAACAAGGAACCGUGUCUCCCUUAUGAUCGAGUAUUGGUUAGCAAAGUAAUGGAUUUUGAUCUUAAUAAUAAAUUAUUACGAAACGAGAAAUUUUACGCUGAACACAACAUUGAGACUAUUUUAGACACAACCGUUACAGCAAUGAAUAACUCUACUCGGGAGUUAACUCUAAGCAAUGGAUAUAAAAUCAAAUACGACAAAGCAUACAUAGCCACAGGGUCAAAACCACGAAAACCACAGAUCGACGGAGCUGAUUUACCAAAUAUUUGCGUCCUUCGUUCAAAUGAAGACGCCAAAUACUUAAACGGCCUUUUGAGUCUCGAUAAACAUGUCGUUAUACUUGGUGUUAGUUUUAUAGGACUAGAAGCAGCCGCUUAUUGUGUAAACAAAGUUGCUAAAGUAACUGUAAUUGGUCGCAGUGAUGUACCGUUGAAAGAAUCUUUUGGCGAAAAAAUUGGGGCUAGGAUAAUGGAAUUAUUUAUAGAAAAAGGUAUAGAUUUUGUCAUGAACUCAGGUAUAAGGCGUUGUAUUGGUGACGAUAAUCGGAAGCUAAUCUCAGUAGAGCUACUGAAUGGAACGUUGUUGAAAGCGGAUUUGUGCGUUAUGGGCAUUGGUUCAACAUUAUACACAUCGUUUCUACAAGGUUCGGAUGUUAAGGUGAACCAAAAUGGUUCUAUUGAUACUAAUCUAUAUUUGGAAACAAACGUGGAAGGCGUUUUCGCAGGCGGGGACAUUGCAAAUGCACCGGUAUACUGCAUAGACCAACAGCUUGCAACGAUUGGACACUAUCCUUUGGCUCAAUACCAUGGUAGAAUAGCUGCAUUAAAUAUGAUUGGAAAAACUGUGGAACUGAAGGCUGUUCCAUAUUUUUGGACAAUGCUUUUUGGUAAAAGUUUUCGAUAUGCAGGAUACGGUAAAUCACAUGACACAAUGAUUGAAGGUGACUUGCAGCAGCUGAAUUUUGUAGCAUUUUUUUUUAAUAAUGAAGAAAAAGUUAUCGCCAUUGCGUCUUGUGGUAGAGAUCCAAUUGUCUCACAGUUUGCUGAAUACCUUUAUCAAGGGAAUGUAUUACAUAAACGUGACCUCAUCGUUGAUCCAUUUUUUUGGGCUAAAAGCAUUUAGAAUGGUAUUUUCAAUGCGCAUUAGUUUUACAGUAUUAUUUUUUGGGGUUCCCAGCAACGAAAUGUUUUGAUAUAUAUUUUUUUUAAUCAACAAGCAUAUAAAAAUAAAUGUAACCACAUUAAAUAAAAUAUAAAUAUCCUA